AUGGCGUCUGUCAGUGGACGGACACGGCGUCUCUUUAUCGUACAGAUCCUCAUCGUCUCUCUCCCAGCAUGCACUGGGCUUCCUGAAGUGGCCGAUGAAACAGUGUUUGUGAGUCGACCUCAGGCCGCCGCCUACUUGCACCGCAGUCGCCGCGCCAACUUCCUGUUUGAGGAGCUGAAGACAGGAAAUCUGGAGCGGGAAUGUCUGGAGGAGAAGUGUUCGUACGAGGAGGCCAAAGAGAUUCUGUCUCUGCCGCAGCAGCUGGAGGCGUUCUGGAGAACAUACACAGCGGUGGAUCACUGCCUGUCGUCGCCGUGUAAGAACGGAGCGACCUGCACUCGACAUGUCGACACCUACGUCUGCAAGUGUCCGCCUCGUUUCCAUGGUUACAACUGUGACAAAGUGCGAUCCACGGUGAAAGGCUGUCGCUAUAGAAACGGAGGCUGUGAACAUUUCUGCAGAGAUGAUCCAGAUCAGUCCUUCAUCUGCUUCUGUGCUCAGGGACACAAACUGGACCGGGACAACAGCAGCUGUCUCCCUGAAGACGGUGGCGCCUGUGGGAGACCACAGCUGCACUUUGCCCCGAGGGUCGUUAACGGCAAAAUCUGCCCCAAAGGACACUGUCCGUGGCAGGCUCUGCUGACGGAGCGUAACAUUUACACGUGUGGAGCCAUCGUCCUGUCAGAGCUGUGGGUUCUGACCGCGGCUCACUGUGUGUGGAGGAAACCUGCUGCUGUGUUCCACGUCACUGUGGGUGAACACGAUCGGUUGGAGGAGGAGAAGACCGAGCAGCGUCGCCGGGUCCUCAAGGUUCUGGUCCACCCGGGUUAUAAUCAGUCGAGCUCUGACAGCGACCUGGCACUGAUGAAGCUUCACCGCUCCGUCAAGCUAGGACUGCACGUGGUGCCCGUGUGUCUCCCCGCCCUGAACAGCACCUUCGUGCGGACACUGGCCACUGUCCGCCACUCCACUGUGUCUGGCUGGGGCCGCCUGGCCCAGUUCGGUCCUCCGGCACGGUUCCUGCAGCGCCUGGUGCUGCCCAGGGUUCCUCUGCAGGAGUGUCGCCUCCACACCGGCCUGAACAUCACCAGGAACAUGCUGUGUGCCGGCUACAGGACGGGCCACCAGGACGCCUGUGAGGGCGACAGCGGCGGGCCGCUGGUGACCCGCUACAAGAAGACCUGGUUCCUGACGGGCGUGGUGAGCUGGGGAAAAGGCUGCGCCAACCAGAACAUGUACGGGGUCUACACCAAAGUCAGCAACUUCCUGGACUGGAUCAGAGACAACAUGUCUACAGGCUGAAGCCGAGCUUCACUGAUCACAUGAUCACUCACAUUUAAAAUGUCUUUGUUUUCAGAGAGAAACUGAUUUAAAUCACUGAAUAAAAGACUCCGCCCAUUAAAUCUGA